GGAAGAAAUCUGAAGUGUGCUUGACUGCAGUACUCAAAACAGCACACAGGAACAUUGCUCUUCCCAUCAGACAGACAUUAACAACAACAUGGAAAAUAAACCUGGGCCACAACCUGUUUAUGCUGUGACCUUUGGCUGCCUUAUGGUCAUUGGUCUCACUCUCAAUGCCGUGUCACUGUGGAUCCUGCUCCGCCGUCACAGCAUCAAAACUACCAGCGCUGUCUUCAUGGUCAACCUGGCAAUCUCGGACCUGCAGCUUGUCAUCUCCUUGCCGAUGAGGGUCUACUUUUACGCCACAGGCAUUUGGCCACUGAGUGCAAGGGCAUGCAACUUGAUCACAAUGCUCUUUUGCAACAACAUCCGCUCCAGCUCCAUUUUCAUCACCUUCAUCAGUAUGGACCGGCUGCUGGCUGUUGUUUUUCCUCUGAGGUCCCGCCAUCUACGAACCUCGUCCAACGCCUGGAAAGCCGCUGUGCUCAUCUGGUUGUUUGUGUUUAUGGUCAACAUCCCAGAGAGUAUGAGCCUUGCAAGAGUUUUAAGCCAACACAAUGGAUCUGUCUGUUUUGACAUGCCUCACUAUGAUGGGCCUGGUAUAUCUCCAUUUAUUUACUUUGUGGCUGUGCUGUUGCUCAUCAUGCUGGCAGUCAACAUUGUGUGCACUGCUCUGGUGUCUUGGACUCUACGCAGACGUCUGAAUGAAUCUGCAAGAAUCCGCAACAAGGUGAAUGUAAUGCUGAUUUUUGCCAUGAACUUGAUUAUGUUUAUCAUAUGUUUCUUGCCUUUGACGAUUGGUUUGGUUGUAAGCAAACGUAAGGUGACACAUUUGACAUGUCUUGCAACUGUGAACUGCUGUCUUGAUCCACUCUUGUAUUACUUUUCUUUGGACGCCUUCUGGAAGAAAAAACAGGAUGUGCAUCUUCCAAGAGAACAAUAGACAAACAACAUAUACCGUUUUCAUAUUUUCAUGAGAUGGCACCAGAUACAGUGUAUGUGAUAUUCUGAUUUUCCUAAUUUUUCAGCUAAACAGCUUGUAUGGGUGUGGGUUCGUCAAUUUGUUUGACUGUAUGGUGGAUUUUAUCAACAAACCAACAGUAAUUGUCUCUUCAGCAAAAUGUUUUUGAAACUUUGUGAAAGAGGUGAAGAAAACGUUUGUUGAUGAAUAUAAUUUGUGCCUAUAGGCUGCAACACCACAGCUUCAUGUUGAGAGAGAGUUGAGCCAGUUUUAAGAGAAAUAAUGAAUCUUUAAGUAAUAGUUUGACAGUUUAUUCACCCUCUUCUGGGGAGUUAGAUAAGAAGAUUGGUGCCACUCAUAUCUGCGCAGUAAAUUUUUUUGCCAAAAGUCAGACGAAUAGCUCUCUCAUGUCCGUACAUAACCUACAGCCAGGAGGCUAGCUUAGCACAAAGACUUGAAAAAUGGGGAAAUAGCUAGUCAAGCUAGUAGUCAAGCUAGCCAAGCGUGUAAACCCGCUAAACUGUGAUCUUUUUUUUUUUACAUUUUAAUUUCUUUACCAAUAAUAAAAUGAAGCUAAAACACGUGAAUCGGUGC